AUUCGUUGCACCGUUCAACUGUUAGGAUCUUCUUGAUUUAGAAAAGUUUGGACAAUUUUUACUGUGUUUUUUUUGUUUUUGAAUUGUGGAUUAGCGUGAAGUGUAUUUUUGUGAUUCGCAAAAUAAUUGUGAAUAGUGAGAAGAAAAAAUGUCACGAAGCUUUUUGGUGGAUUCGUUGAUUGGGAAUAAUUCACCACCAAAUUAUCCCUUGCCUUAUUAUGCGGGCAAUCAAAUUCCCAACUAUAUGUUCAAUUUAUUUAAUUUGGGUCUUGGAUAUCAUCCGGUUAGACCAGUGCCGAGACCGCCAACUUUGCCCGUUGUUCCCGUGCCAAUUUGCAAUCCUCAAACUAUUGUUGGACUUCCAAUGAGCGGUCAGAGUCCACCUUCGCCGAUUAAUUCAUCCGCUAGCAGAUUAUCUGAUUUCUCAGCAGCGAAUACAUCGCCAUCGCGUCAAAGCAAUUCACCAACUCCACCGCCAAAAUCUCCGAAUUCCAUUAACAGUAGUUCGAAACGAAUUAGAACCGCAUUCACCAGUACCCAAUUACUUGAACUUGAACGUGAAUUUUCCGCCAACAUGUAUCUCUCGCGUCUAAGACGAAUUGAAAUUGCAACAAAUUUACGACUCUCUGAAAAACAAGUGAAAAUAUGGUUUCAAAAUCGUCGUGUCAAAUACAAGAAGGAGGAUUUACCAACUGGACAAACUGGACAAAAAUGUUGUUGUCUACGUACAUGUGGCAAGAAAAAAGAAGACGGAUGCACUGAUGACAAUGGAAAAUGUGAAAAUUUGGAAAUGAUGACAAUGAUGAGAAAACGAAGUAGCGACGACGAUGAUUAUGAGGAGGCGGAUGUGGCGGAAGAUGAAGAUGAUGAGGGUAGCGAGUCAGGGAAAAUUGUAGGUGAAAAGGUGAAGGAGAGAAGAACGUCGAUCGAUGAUUCCAAGAGCAAUAUUACUACCUCGAGUAACGUCGCUAUCGAAGGAUCUGAAUUUUCGUCGACGAUGGCAGCGGGUCGUAUUUCCUUUGUCGAGGAGUUUCCCACUACAACUAAUUCACCAACAUCGUCCGUUGUUGAUGCAAAGUCCAAUUGGCAUCCUUUUCGCUAUCCACCUCUCGUUUCAAACUCCUUGAGACAAGUUGAUGUACUGGACUCGAGCCGUAAACGAACUUUGGAUUCCUAUCAGGAAUCGACACCAAUCGAAAAAAGAAAAAGAAUUGAUUCACCAUCUUAUUCAACUGUUCUCAGUAUGCAAACAACGACAAUACCAACGCCGCCAAUUUUCACUACUAUUUCCUGCACUAAACACACUGUCGAAAAUAUUGUCAAUUCUUAAGCAAAUUAAAUUUUUUUUUAAAAUGUAUUUAUAAAAAUUUUUUAACAAAAAAAAAAUUGAUUCAUAAAAUGAAAAUUUGUAAAUAUUGUAUAUGAAAAUGUAAAAUGUUUUUUAAAAUGAAAUAUUUUUAAGAAUAAAAUAAUUAUAUAUUGAA